AUAAAAUAAAAAUAGUUAAAAGCAAGAAAAGGUAGUAGUGGAAAGAGACAACGAAUUCCUCUUAAUAUAAUUUAUUCACUCAAGGUUGUGAUGUAUGAAUAAGGGAAAAUUAAAGAAGAUUAGAUUAAAAAUUUGAGUUGAAAUAAACAAUUUAUUAGAUAAAGUUAACAAGUGGUAGAUCGAAAUAAUUGGAAAGUAGCAUAGAGUGGGCCCCGCUGGCAAUGAAGCAAGAAUAUGAAGCAAACGUCGUCGUGAAGCCGGGAAUAGGUACACACAUUCACUCUCUGGACAAUGGCAGCCUCAGAAAUGCUAUCGAAAGAGGAAUUGCUUCAUCUUUUUGAUCGCUUCGCCUUCCUCACCUCCCACCCUGAUGUCAAGAAAAGGAUUGCUGAUGCUGUCACUCACAAGCAGCAGGAAGCUGUUGCUGUUACCACUGCCAUCCAAGAGGAGAUAUUUUCCGAGAUGGGAAUUGAUCCAAGGUUUGGUCUUGCUUGCUUGGGAAAAAUAAACAUGACCUAUGAGAGUGAUCGAGACCUGAUGAUUCGUUUUUAUGAAUUUGUUGCAAAAGAAGAAAUGGCCUGUGAAGAGGCCGAGCUUGGUCCAGACAGAUUUGCUGAAAGAUUAACGAUGCAACAGAAUUUACAAGAGCAGCAACUGGAGAUGCUGAAGUACAUGCGCAGCUUUCACAUGGAUGAUCAGUCUGCAAUACUUGAGAAGAUUCACCAGCAGUUGGAGAAGGCCAACUUUGAUACUGAAGCUUCUGUGCUGACAGUGGAGCAGAUGCAGGAUGUUGUUCGACGGAGAGUAUCACCUUUGUUCCAGCCUAGAUAAUUGGAGGGAUCUCUCCAGGAGUUUAUAGUUUUUUAUAGUUGCAUUCGCAUGCCAUUAGAGAAAAGAUAGAUGUUGAACACCCCCCCCCCCCCCCCCCCCCCCAAACCCCCCCACACAACAACACACACACCUUCCAACCAAACUUAGAGGGGAUGUUGUCCUAUUUUAUAAUUAAGAAAAUUCUGCUUAAUCCAUAGUGUUUAUUGCACUUUUUGUACCUUUUUCCUUUUCUUAUUUCUGGCUUUAUUCAUGUAUGCUAGACAUCUCAUAAGUUUGCUCUGAGAAGUAUUAAAAGUUCACUGAACUCUUUUAAAGAAA